AUGUACAGCUCGGAGCAGCUCCUCCUUGCCCAGGCCAUGCUUGCCGGCCAGCUGAAAGCUAGGGCCAUUCAACUGAGCGAGGCUGAGCAAAUCAAGUUUUUGUGUAAGUUUUCCUCUAUCUUCCCCCACUUUCCAUUCUUAUUUUCCCACUUUUCAGUUGCUCGCAAGGCCUUCGUAACGGCCCGGCACUGCGGCCGAAUUGUUGAUGGUCUCCUGCUCAGCGCGGAGCAGCGAGUCCUCAACGGAUACCCGACGAGGGGCCGGAAUGGUGUGGAGCUGCAGGCGAACGAGUACCAGCACAAUCGGCCCGCCGUGCAUCAGGCCUACGACUUCGAGCGGACUUGCACCCGCUGUCACAGCCGCUUCUUCGUGAUGCCGAAUGGGAAGCAGGUGCCCGCCACGACUAUGGUCUGUUUCGACGGCGAACAGCACCGGAACUUCCACGUCCAUGACCAGGUCUCCGCGAGUGCUCUUCAACGCUUUCCGAGCACGCCGAAGGUGAACAAAUCGAACUGUCACUUGUCCAGCGAGGUAAGCAAUUUCAAAAUGGUCUUUGUCUUUUCUAACUUUUUUCUCUUUUUCAGAUGCUCGCUCUGGACCUCGAAAUGAUCCAAACGGUCAGUGGUCAGACAGUCGGAAGGAUCACUUUGGUCAGCUGCACUGAGGCGGUCCUUUUGGAUAUCGUCGUGAAGCAAACCGAUCGGAUCCUGGACCCCAUGACCAAGUACUCUGGCUUGACGAUCGAAUCCUUCAAGACUGCAAAGUGGACACUCGAAGCCGCCCGCAUGGCUUUCCUCAACGAGCUCAACGAACGGACCAUUCUGGUCGGACACGGGCUCGCCAAUGACCUUCGCGUGCUCGGUGUCGUCCACGAGAGAGUCAUCGACACUUCCGUCAUCUACACGCAUCGGGGACGUCGUCCGGCUCUCCGCAACUUGACCAAAAAUGUGCUCGGCUAUCACAUCCAGCAGGGAGACGGUCACUGCUCGGCCGAAGACGCGGUCGCCUCGAUGCGACUGGCCAUUCACGGACUCAACCAUCCCGAGAUCUUGGCUCCACAAUAUCACAACCUCCACAAUGUCGUUUGA